AUGGGAACCAGUAACAGCACCAGAUGGGAAUGGAAUCUCACUUGGAGAAGGGAUCUUUUAGAAUCAGAGCUACUGUUGGCGGAUACCUUUAUUGGGGAUUUAGCUCAGCAGCAAGUUCAUCCUCAUAGGGAAGAUAAGUGGAUAUGGAAGCAUGACCACAGUGGAUAUUACUCAUCAAAAAGCGGGUAUGACCUGAUAUGGAGAAAGCUAAUGGGGUCACUCCAGACUUCUGAUUUUGUGGACCUAUGGAAAUUAAAAAUCCCUGCCAAAUCAGCUACCUUCGGUUGGAGAUUGAUCAAAGACAGGAAUGGGGACAUCCUCAAAUAUGAGGGUGUUACACUAGCCAAAUAUAAAUACACAAAAGAGUUGUAUAAACUGCACAUUUCCAGAAGCAAUUGGAAGGAAUCAGAAGAACCUAUAGUGUUACAAACUAUAACAGAAGAAUUGCAAGCAACUAGGAAAGAAUUAGCUUUGGUUAGAGAACAAGGUUUCCAGUUUAUGGCCUCUUUGGAUGUCAUAAGAAAUGAGUUCAAGCAUGUCACUGCUGAGACAGAUAGGUUGAAGAAGAAGAAAGGGAAAGUAGACUCAACAGUUCAAAAUCUGAAUUUCAAGAUUUUGAGAGCAAUGUCUAAAUUAGAACCUGUGUCUGCUGCUGAGGAAAAGGCCAGAUCCAUAGUCAUGAGCAAAAACCGCAUCACAAUCUUCUCUAUAUUCUUAUUAGGUGGUGGGCACCAUCUUAGGUACAUGGAAGGAAUGUUCAGAGCCAAUGGUGGUUGUGGUUAUGUUAAGAAACCAGACAUACUGUUGAAUGUUGGUCCCAACAAUGAGUAUGAGUAUCUAACAAAUCAUGCAGCCUCAGCAGAAGAAAUUGCUGAUAAAAAAGUAGCAGCAGCUGACACAUGGAUUGAAGCUCUCAAGGCCAGCGAGAAGGAAAUACUGAUGGAAACAAAAAUAGCUCAAAGAGAAGCCAAAGAAUCAAAAUUGUAG